CUUUACAUUUUUAAAGCAAGUCUGUAGUUAGAACAGGUUCCUCUGUUUCCAUAUAUUCACCGGAGAAGCGUUUUACAAUUACAGUAACAGUUCCUCUCAAAUUUAGGGUUUACAUACUGUCUCUCUCACUCCAAGAUUUCACAAUAUAUUCUCUGCAUCUAUCGCAAUCUGUAUUUCAAAUCCAGUUUUUUGCUUAAUUUCAAAAGGUUUUUGCCGAUUCUUCGCUUUGUUCUGGAAAAUGGCUUUGGAAAAGAGAAGCAAUGCACUGAAAUCGAAGCGCGGGGCAGUGCCAGUGAGUGCGGCUGCUGAUGAGGUGUUAGGGUACGGAUUGGUGAAGCACACGCGAGGAUUCGGGAGGAAGAGAGUGGUAAUUUCGAAUGAUGUUGAAGCGCAAUCGCUCGAUUCGUCUCCCAGAACUCCGUUGAAGAGGCAACGGAGUCAGAAAAUGAAUUUCGACUUGGAAAAGUCUGCUCUUGAAUCCUUACCUCAAGAUAUCCUGAUUAGGGUUCUCUGUGGUGUGGAACAUGGAGAUUUGAAGCAGCUUUUUCAUGUAUCUAAAACAAUCAGGGAAGCUACUUUGAUUGCAAAGCAAUGGCAUUUCGCUUAUAGUACUCCAAGGAAGACUCGUGCCUUCAGAAAUCCAAUUGAUUUGGAGGAGAAUCUGAACGAAUUGGAUGACGCUGAAGCUCCUAAUGCUCCAAAGCAAGCCCGGCGUCAUAGAGCACAAAUUAGCGAGAAGAGUUUGGCUGACAUAUCAGUGGCCUUGUUUGCUUCUCCAGAGUGAUUUAUGUAAAUAGAUUGCAUUUGUUGUGUGUGUAUAUUACAAAUUUACAACGGAUACUGUAGGGUAGGCAGACGAGUGAGAUCUGCUUAAUAGAUAUUUUGUACACGAAGAAUCUCUGCAAGCCAGGUUUCUUCAACAUUUGCAUUGAAGAGGUGUCUGGCACUCUGGCUUGUUUUGGUAUAAGUAUUGUACAUUUGUUUUACAGAGAUUACACGGUUAUUUAUUGAAGGGGCGAUCUAUUCUUGGCCCUUAUGGUCUGAUAAAAGUGAGAUUGAGAUUGUUGUACAGUUUUCUUUCUGCAUACCCUUUUGUGCAAUAAAACGAAGAUUUUGUUUCCUUUUUCCCAA